ACGCCGCGACGCGGGACUCGCGGGAGCGAGCGAGCGAGAAAGAGAGGUUAGGGUUGAGCGAGACGCUCGCCGAGGGGUGCCGCGGGCGAGGGACAACAGAUGUCCUUCCGCAUGACGCACGCGGGGUGGUCGUCCCUGGUCGUUCCUCGGAGAGGUAGUCUCGCGUCUGGUGGUGUCUGCGCGUCGUCGCGGCUGAUAGCGGAGCGUCCUCGCCGAGGACCUCGUACGAGACACGGGUCAAGGGAGGCGCUCGUCCGCGUGAAAUGUACGCGUGAAAUGUCGCUGGAGGUGCGCUGCCGCGUGGCUUUCACCCUACGAAGGGCAUUCUCUGGUUAGCGCGCGAUGUGCGAGGUAUCCAAGGGGCAGCGCAGGACGUUCCGCGACCAGGACCCGCCUCGAAUAUGCAACAAGAGCGCGGAUAACCUGCUGCGGGACGAGCUCGAGUUCUCGCGCUCGACCCCGAGCUCGCCGACGACCCUCCAGCGCGCCGCCAGCCUCGAGAAGUGCUUCAGCGAGCCCGAGUUCUUCCAGAAGCAGCGCGAGCUGCUCUCGAAGCACGAGCAGCGGACGACGAAGGAGAAGGAUGGCGACGACAGUGAGGAAGGCGGCGUCACUACCCCCGGCUCCGCAUCCGGCGCAGCGGACGACGAUUCCGCCGAUACGGCCGACGCCGCGAGCACCGAGGACCUGCUGAGGGAACUCUCCGCCAAAGUGCCUUCCCCUUGCGAACACGCGAGCGAGGUGAUUACUAACGGUCUCAAGUGCGACACGGACGACGUCGACGGUUUGACAAACGGGAAGAAGAUGGCACCGGUUCUGGGCGUACCGCCUCCGCCACCGCCGGCUCCUCACAUGGGACCAGACGGCCUGAUCUUGCCGAGAAAACCGUAUAACCCUUGCCUUAUCUCCACUAAUCAUAAGGACCUUCACAGGGAAUUACUUUUCAAUCAGAAAAUUGGCAAGAACGUCUUGAACCAGAAGAGCGAGCUGCAACGUGCCCUGGAGAAACAGAGGGAGGCUGCGUCGAGGAGGGAGGCUGAGAGGAUCCGCGAGGAAAGUUACAAGGACGAUCCCAGGACUGCCUUGCAAAGGGCGAUCGAGCAGAGAGCGAGACACAUUCAACUGACGCAGGAGCAAUCGCGGACGACGACGGAGCCAAGCAAUCUCCUGAUAACGGCGAGGGCGAAGUUGAGGCCUCGCACCGAGUCCCAGUGAAGCUGGCGAGGAUCGAAGAUCGCGCCCGGGUGAAGGAAACGAUCCGCUCUAAAGACGACUCGUAAUUUCACCCUUUGGCGCCUUAUCGAUCAUAAUCAAUGUACAUAUGCAUAACCCGAUAACAUUGGCACGAGGAUUAUUAGCGGCGUCAUUUGGCGCGCGUCGAGAAGCGCGUGUCGAGAGGCGCGUGUUGCAACGGGCGUUAAGUCUUAAUAGGCGUUAAGAUAAGGCAAUGAGACGUAAUAACGAGCGCGCGUAUUUGAUCGCCAUCGCGAGCGCAAGGAGAGGGUCGCUGGGGAGAGGGGAGGUUCUAUCUCGAUAAUACUUAUUGUUAGCGCGCCUCAUCGUCGCGCCAAUCCGCCGUAAAAUCAUUCCCAAACAACGCGAAGGACCAAACGACGUCGCAUUGUGUCUUGAAGAUUAGGACACUAUCUUUACGACGUGUCAGGGUUUAGGCACCGUAAAUUAUGGUGUCGUAUUUGCGUAUUGCUCUGGAUCAAGUGGCACACAAAUGAUUCUCAUAAAGCGCAUCGCAUAUCGGGUGUCUCGAUGUAUGUACAACAAUACAAUCAGCAACCAACCACGUGUCUUCGUUUAAUAGUAGAUGAGCGUAUGCCAAGCUUAGCUUGACGACCAAUUAAUAUGUCGGCGCGAUAACGUCAUUAUAUAUGGUAGUUAUCGUAAAUACGGUAAUCCAGUUAUAUUGUACGUGUGAACGUCGACUCGGAUAUAAUAACCGGCGUAUUUUUUCUUAUAAAAACGGAGAUUCGUCGCGAGGACAUGAUAGUAACACAGUAGGACAGAUCGACAAUAGAUAGUAGCGGUAGACGGCGAGAUAUAACGCGAAAGAAUUUAUUCGUGGACGACGUAUUGUCGGCAAAAACUGUCUCUGGUCCGAGCCUUUGACCUUAAGCGAUACGUAACGCGUUCUCUUUAAUUCGGAAACGUUCAAAAUUCAUGUUACAAAAAUGACGCCGAUGGAACAUUCGUCCCCGCAAUGAUAAUAAAAACCAUUAAUUCGCUACGGGCAAAACGAUACCAUGGUACCAAUCGCUCGAGCACGAGUUAGGGCAUCCGCGAUACGUAUCCACGUCUCUGGACGAGUUCUUUUCGUGCCGAAAGCGCGACGAUCCCUGCCCUACCCUCUUGAAAGUCCACGAUCCUCGACGCGAUUUCGGGCACGUAGAAAGAGUGUAUUUUGUACGAGGUUUAGCUCGCCGACGGUGGCAUUAUUUCGUCUUUAUCUUCGAUUGGAAACAUCGUGGAACAAGCCUCUUCAAGCUAAACUAUAAUAUAGACGAUUUCACGAAAGCAAAGUGUAUAACUAAUCGUACGAUUCGUUGAUAAAGUUGUCGCGGUGACUUCCGACGCCACGAGUUAGCGCAACUGUGACGACAAAUCAUUUGGAAUUUCCAGAUCUUAUACGAAUAUAACAAAAUUUGCAUCGUUACGAUUGUAUGGAAAUGAUGCCACCUGGAAGUAAAGGUAGUUUCCGCGAGGAGACGAAAGAUAAAUGAGUCGGGACCCCGCGGGACCAUGUGUUCUUAUACUUCGUUACACGGUAAUGAGAACGAGAAAUCCGACGUCUGCCUUGCAUAGUAACAAUUAUUAUUAAUCGUAUUUAAGUAUCGAAUCGACGUUUAAUAUUAACUGUAUUUCGUGGCUCAUUAUGUUUGACGAAUCCUGCGAAGGGGCGUGCAGCGCAUCUUAGGUCAAAAAUAAUGUAAGCCGUUAAAUUUGUUACAACUUUAAUUUACCAACCUGGAUCCACAUGAGGAUCUUAUAAUAUGUAAUUCGCGCUUAAGUAAGGAGAUAUAUCCGUAUAUCCAACCGAUAAAGGAGCCACAAAUGGAGGAUACUUUCGUUUUCUUUUUGUACAGUUGUCACAUGUAUGUAUAUGCUAAGUUUCUGUCGUUUUAACAUAAACUUAAUCAUGAUAUAUUCAGGACCUUGAGAGAUCGUCGCAAUGAUAAAAUCUCGGAUUCCAAAUAUAUUUUAUUCAACACUAAA